AUGCGGUGGUACCCACUCCUCCUCACCCUCUUCCUCUUUCUCACCCUCCUGACAUUAACGAAGGGCGAGUUGUAUAGCUUCCAAAUGCCCGAAGAGGUUCCCACCAACACCGUGAUUGCAGACCUUCCCAGCCUUUUCAAUAUUCCUUCCAUGAAAGAUUCGCCUAAUGUCAAUUACCGAUUCAAAAUUCUCACUCCUAACCCCAUCUACCACCAAAUGUUCGCAAUUGAUCAGCGCACGGGAACCUUGCGUACCAACGGUCCAAUAGACCGUGAUCAGCUAUGCCAACGGGCAGAGCUCUGCUGCACGAUGAUGAUAGUGGGUCAACACGAUACAACCAGCACUCACGAUGUCAAGGUGGUGGGAAUGGAGGCUCUGCAGUCGAAACUGGGGAACCACAUAAUUUCCACAGGACUGAAAUGCAGCUUGGACUUUCGUAUCGCCUUCAGUUCGAAGCCUACCGGAUUUCCCACUUCCUUCGCUUCCAUUCACAUUGAUCUUUUGGAUCUUAAUGACAAUGCUCCUAAGUUUACGGGCCUAACAAGCGCACAAAUCUCGCGGAACUACGAUGGUAGCCUAAUGUAUAUUGCUUCCAUUCCGGAGGGUGCACACAUCGGCUUUCAAUUACCACUUCCCUUGGCCCAAGACGGUGACGCUGGGUCGUUUGGUGUUCAAGGCUACAAGCUAGAAGAACCAUCUAGUCAAAUGCGAUUGGAGAUGGACCCUCGUUUAAUCUACACUUUCCCCUUUGAGCUUAUUUUACCACGUCGUGACGAUGGGGUAAUACUACCGAAGCUGGAAUUGCGUGAGCCUCUUGAUUAUGAAAAACGACAAGACUACUAUAUAACACUCGUUGCCUUUGAUGUUGAUCAACACUUGCCACAUUCGGCUGAAAUUCUCGUUCGAGUUGAUGUGCUAGAUGAGAAUGAUAACCAGCCCAAUGUGAGUGUCCGUACCCGUCUGCAGGGCAGUUUCGACGCCUUAACUGCGGGUAGUGGGCGUGCUCAAAUCCACAUUCGUGAGGAUACACCAGUUGGAACAUUGUUGGCCAACUUUGAAGCUAGAGACGCAGACAGUGGGGAGAAUGGUAGGGUCACUUUUGCUUGGGCAGAAAUCAUUCCACCAAGAGUUCAGCGCCUCUUUGAUCUUAAUCCCACGUCUGGAGAACUUCGUCUUGCUGAUCGUCUGGACUACGACACUCUGUCUAAGUCGUCGUCAAAUCAAGGCUUUGAAGCCUACAAUCUUGUGGUCGUUGCUUCAGACGAUGGCAAGCCGAAUCGGCUCUCCACAUCUGCAAGUAUUGUUAUUGAGUUAGUGGAUGUGAACGACGAGGAGCCGAAAAUUACUCUAAUGGAUCUGGCUAACCGCAGUCCCACGCAGUUGGAGGUAUUGGAGAAUGAAGAAAGGGACACCUUUGUGGCUUUGGUGACUGUGCAGGAUCUGGACGGUGCAAACGGACCGAAUGGACAAUUUUACUGUACUAUAAAUAGCACUUUCUUUCGUCUGAUCGCUGCAGACACCUUCGCGGGACAUAAAGUGCCGCCACUGCCAGGAAUACUGUCAACAGAGCAUGAGGAAUUGGCCUUCACAGAAGGUCACAGCUCUGUUUUCGGUGCUGGGAGAGCUGAAUUCCAGUUAGUCACAACCACCAGCUUUGACCGAGAGCAGACUGCAGUCCACUUCGUGGCCAUACGGUGUCAAGACAGGGGAUCACCUUCGUUAGAGAGCCAGGUUGGUUGCCACCUUUUGGCACAAAUGUCAUUUAAAUGGAUUCUCCAUCCAACUGAAAUGCACUUAUUUGAACUAUUAAAAGUAGUGGGGAGGAGUAGUAAGAGCCGUCUUUAA